AGCAAUUUACUCUGCCGGCCGAACGAAGGAACGUCGUAAGAGAGGUUAGGAGCUCCUUAUCCUAAACUCUAUAAAGAAUCUGUUUAUUAUUACUAAGUAUCGUACUUUAUUUACGUUCGAGAAAUAUAUUCAUUUGAAUAUGACUUGAAUAGUAUGCACUGCAGACAGAGGCAGAAUUCUUUAAAGGUGCAGUACUUAUACUCAUAUUAAGUAGAAGGAGAGUAGAAAUUGUGAGUCAAAAGCAUCAAGAAAGAGGUAUCUGUUGGAAGUUUAACAUUAACAAAACAAAAAAUUACGGCUACCAAAAAUGAGCAAGUACAGGAAGAAAGAAUCUUCAACAGAAGAGAGUGACAGCGAAGAGGAGCAGAGAAAGAAGGACCUUAAGGAAAGAGAUGAGUUUGCAAACCGUUUGAAAACUAAAGAUGAGAACAAAACAAGAAAAGUGGCAUUGCCACUUGGAUCUGGAGCUGCUGAGGCAGCAAAAAGACUCAAGAUCAUGGAGGAAGAGUCAAAAGACAAGCUUGUGCCUAAGCUGCGUAUAGAGUCUCGCAGAAAAUAUCUAGAGAAAAGAAAGGAAGAUAAAGUUGCCGAAUUAGAAGCUGACAUUCUAGAUGAUGAGUACUUGUUCGAUGAGGAAAUAUUAACAGAAAGGGAAAAAAAAGAACGAGCUCACAAGAAAGAAUUGCUCCGAAUAGCUAAAGAACAUGAAAAGGCCAGAGAAAUUGAGCGGAUUCAGAGGUAUCACAUGCCUCAUGAAAAAAAGAAGGGUGAGCCUGAACAGGACUACACAGACAGAGAACCUCCUCAGUCAGAACAGAGCAAAUGGGAAUCUGAUCAGAUGUCCUCUGCUGUAUUUAAAUUUGGUGCAAAGAAUAAAAAAGCACAAGAAGAAUACGAACUACUCCUGGCGGAUGAGGUUGAAUUUGUACAAGCUCUGCAAAUGCCAGGUGAUAAAAAAGAUAAAAAAAUUGAGGAAAAGCCUAAAGAGCGUAAGUUAACGACGAUCGAAGAAACGCAAAAAAGUUUACCAAUAUACCCGUUUAAAAAAGAAUUAAUCCAAGCAAUAAGAGAUCACCAGGUACUUAUUAUUAAAGGAGAGACUGGCUCGGGUAAAACGACCCAAAUACCUCAGUAUCUGUACGAAGCUGGAUUUACAGAAGGAGACAAAUUAAUCGGCUGUACGCAGCCGAGAAGAGUGGCGGCGAUGUCAGUUGCUGCCCGAGUUGCUCACGAGAUGAGUGUAAAGUUAGGUAACGAAGUCGGCUAUGCUAUUCGUUUUGAAGACUGCACAUCUCAUCGCACGAGAAUAAAAUACAUGACGGACGGUACACUGCAUCGAGAAUUUUUGAGUGAACCGGAUUUGGCUUCUUACAGCGUUAUGAUAAUUGAUGAAGCUCACGAAAGAACUUUACACACGGAUAUUCUCUUCGGUCUGGUAAAAGAUAUAGCACGGUUUCGGUCAGAUUUGAAAUUGCUAAUAUCGUCAGCUACACUGGAUGCAACGAAAUUCAGUGAGUUUUUUGAUGACGCACCGAUUUUUCAAGUACCUGGACGAAGGUAUCCUGUCGACAUAUUCUAUACAAAGGCGCCAGAAGCGGAUUAUAUAGAUGCGGCAGUCGUCUCUAUUUUGCAAAUACACGCCACACAGCCUCCCGGCGAUAUUCUUGUAUUCUUGACAGGUCAGGAAGAAAUUGAAACAUGUUUUGAAAUGCUGCAAGAUAGAGUCAGGAGGUUGGGUAGCAAAUUAGGCGAACUUUUGAUUUUACCCGUUUACGCCAAUCUUCCUAGUGACAUGCAGGCUAAAAUCUUUAUGCCAACACCUCCAGGGGCAAGGAAGGUGGUUUUGGCUACUAACAUUGCAGAAACGUCGCUGACCAUAGAUAACAUAAUCUACGUCAUCGAUCCUGGGUUCGCCAAGCAAAACAAUUUUAAUUCACGUACGGGCAUGGAGAGUUUGAUGGUGGUCCCUAUUAGUAAAGCGUCAGCAAAUCAACGAGCAGGACGAGCCGGAAGAGUUGCUCCCGGAAAAUGUUUCAGACUAUACACUGCCUGGGCUUACCAGCACGAGUUAGAAGAAAAUACCGUUCCAGAGAUACAAAGAAUCAAUCUAGGUAACGCAGUACUUACGCUGAAAGCGUUAGGUAUAAACGACUUGGUCCACUUUGAUUUCUUGGACCCUCCGCCACACGAGACACUCGUACUCGCUCUGGAACAGUUGUAUGCCUUAGGAGCACUCAAUCAUAGAGGUGAACUCACUAAGCUCGGCAGAAGAAUGGCCGAGUUUCCAGUAGACCCGAUGAUGGCGAAGAUGCUACUUGCGAGCGAGAAGUAUCGUUGUUCGGAAGAAAUUUCCACGAUCGCCGCUAUGCUCUCUGUCAACGGUGCAAUAUUUUACAGACCUAAAGAUAAAAUUAUCCAUGCCGAUGCUGCACGGAAGAAUUUCAAUGUACCUGGUGGCGACCAUCUGGUUUUGUUGAACGUUUAUAAUCAGUGGGCGCAGAGCGGCUUUAGUACGCAUUGGUGUUAUGAGAAUUUUAUACAACACAAAUCAAUGAAAAGGGCUCGAGAUGUUAAGGAACAACUUGUUGGGUUAAUGGAACGGGUUGAAAUGGAACUUGUUUCUGGUAUAUCAGAAACCGUGAAUAUCAGAAAAGCUAUUACAGCGGGGUAUUUUUAUCAUAUUGCUAAGUUAUCCAAAGGAGGUUCGUACAAAACAGCAAAGCACAACCAGACGGUAUCAGUGCAUCCCAAUAGUGCUCUAUUUCAGGAGUUACCAAGAUGGGUCUUGUAUCACGAGCUGGUAUUCACAACCAAAGAGUUCAUGAGACAGGUAACCGAAAUAGAGUCCAAGUGGCUUCUAGAAGUAGCUCCUCAUUACUACAAGCCUAAAGAAUUAGAAGAUUCAACAAAUAAGAAAAUGCCAAAAGUAGCAGGUCGUGCAGGUCCAGAUGGGACAAAUUAAUCAAUAUCAAGUGAUUAAUUUAAUUAUUUUGUACAGUUAAAUAUGUGAUGAUGUGAAUUGUAAUAUAUAAUUUAAGUAAUGACGGUUGUAAAGAUAUAAUUGAUCUUCAUAAGUUGAGCAUCAAAUAUUAAAAAUAAAUAAUUUUUUAUAAAAUUUUUCAACCAAAAA